UGUGCACUAUGGCAUGGACCUUCAAACUUAGUAUAACUUUCAUUAUUAUCAUACAUUUAUAAACAUCUAAGUUAAGCUUCUAUACAUCCUCUCAAAAUAUAUAAAAAUGAAGAGCUCAAAUGCAGCUAUUCUUGUAAUCACCCUAAUCCUUUGCUCUACCUUGCUCGAUAUCUCUAAUGCAGAUCUCUCACCUCAGCCAUCUGCUCAAUCACCUACUUCCUUAGCCACUGCUCCAGGAUUUUGCAACAACAAAUGUGGAGUAAGGUGCGCACUAAAGGGGAUAAACUCAAGGUGUAUGAAAUAUUGCUUGAUGUGUUGUGGGAAGUGCAGCUGUGUUCCUUCUGGGACUUCUGGUCAUUUGGAUGAAUGCCCUUGUUAUAGGGACUGGAAGGCCCCAAAUGGCAGGCCCAAAUGCCCUUAAUUUUCAUGUCAUUUUCCUUUUAUUAAAUAAAUUAAUAAUUUUGCCAUCUGUUAUAGGCAUUUUUCUUUGUAUUAUCCUUUUAUAUAUUCCAUCUUGUGUUCCAACUUUUUUCAAGUCGAGUAAUCAAUCGUUUUUGUUGCUAUAAAUGAAAUUGAUAUGUACUCCGUAAUAUGUAAUGAAUCAUUUGAAUUGUUGGUCCUACAUUAUGUUAGAAAAUAAAUAUUUAUAUAUCGUAAUAAUUGAAGAUAUGAUAUUUAA